AUUAACUCUAUGAUCGUGACAGUCUACGUUACUUUUGUGUGCGGUAAUAAUCUUACUGUGAACACUUACUUAGACUAUUAAAUAAUCAACGUCAGAUACAUUUGGGCGCCUCGACGAAUCACUCGUUCUAUUUUUAUAUAAUCUGUGCAGUUUCAUUUAUAUAAAUAUUGACCUUUUGGAUCAUGGUAGCGAAACAUUUUACGACAAAUUAGUUGUUUAUUAUGGAGCAAAUCCUGAUUAAAAAAGAGCCGUAUUGGCAUCAAGAAAUAGAAGAAGUUGUUAACAUUUACAAUCAUUCACCGAUAGAUGAUAAACCGAAUAACAUAAAGUUGGAGUACAUUGACAACAAUAUAAGUAGUACACCUAUUUACUUUGGAAAUUAUUUUGAAACUAAACAAGAAUUGAAUUGGUCUUAUGAAGGUCAUGAGAUUCACAAAGUCAAAAGCAAUGAUUCAGAAAAAAAUGUUCACAUUGACAAUCUGUCGUUGAUAGAUGAAAAAAUAAAUAACAUAAAGUUGGAGUACAUUGACAACAAUAUAAGUAGUACACCUAUUUACUUUGGAAAUUAUUUUGAAACUAAACAAGAAUUGAAUUGGUCUUAUGAAGGUCAUGAGAUUCACAAAGUCAAAAGCAAUGAUUCCGAAAAAAAUUUUCACAUUGACAAUCUGUCGUUGAUAGAUGAAAAAAUAAAUAACAUAAAGUUGGAGAAAAUUGAUCAACAUAUAAGUAGCACACCUUUUUCUUUCGAAGGGUAUUCUGAAACUAAACAAGAAUUAAAUUGCUCGCAAGAAGAUCAUUCCAUACAGAAUGUUAAUAAUACUGGUUCAGAUGAUUUGCUCUCAAAAUUGAAAAAAGCAACAAUUGUUUUAGAACGUCUGUCAAUAGUGCAAAUUUUAAAAUUAACCAAAAAAUCAACAGAUUUGGACUGCACUUAUAGAUUAAACGUCGACGCUAUAAAUUAUGCAUGCACGUACUAUUGCUCAAAAUGUGAUAAAACUGUUGACACCAAAAGUACACGGAAUAUAAUUAAUCGCCCAAACUGCGAAUGUAUACCAACUUUGGCAUAUCAGUGUAUGAGAUGCGAUAAACAUUUGCUUACCUAUAGAGGUAUGCAGAGACAUAUUAAUACGAAAGGCCUUUGUAAAUCUCGGAAAAGAUUUUUAUAUCUGGAAGGAUUCAAUGAUGAUGAGUGGGAGAAACUGAAUUGUCCGAAGUGUAAUGUAUCAUUAGAAAAUAUCGUUCAAUUUACUAAACAUGUUAAUGAUUGUGCAGAGGUUCCAAAAUUUUGGUGCUCAUUUUGUGACUAUGGAGUAAAACUGAACCAUACCUUUCAAUUUCAUUUAAAAUUACAUGCCCCUAAGUUGAACAGUCAACCAGAAACCGGCAUUUCUGCAGAAGAAUUGAUGCAAAAAAAGGAGUGUAACCGUACAAAGAAAAAAUGUAAGCCAUAUUGACUUGUAGAAUAUGGGACAGUAGUAGUAUUAUUAGCUCUUCUUUAUAAAACGACUAUUUGCUACUGUUCCACAUGCGAUGAAACGUUAGUUAAAAAGGGAUCCAGAAUUGAUACUAGUAUUUGCAAAAAGUGUGGAAAUCGAUAUAAUUAACGAUGUUGACAGUGAAAUAAAGAAUUUUUGUCGCCAACAAAUGUUGAGUAUCGCAUCAAAAUGACUUGCAACACUUCUAAAAAUGACCACUGCUCCGUUUGCAACGAAAAAGCAUUUUCAAACAUACUUGAACUUAGGGAACAUUGUGGAAAGAAUCAAAAUGUGCACUGCAAAUUUUGCCCUUUUAAAACCAAAAGUAAUGACUUCUUGCAGGCUCACUUAAAAAGACAUCAAAAAAAUGAUUGCAGUAUCAUUGACAAAAUUCGAGACGAAGGUACAAACUGCGCAGGUCCGCUUUACGAUCUAUUCUACCAACAAUGCGGCGAACUAAAAGAAAAUUCGGAACAUAGAAACGACUGGUAUUAUUGUCUACAAU